CCGCCCGCGCACUGGUUCGGCCGCUGUACCUGUGCCACCGACCCCGCACCACCAUCGCCACCUGGGGACGACUCACGAGCGGCCGUGCGCGGAGCAAGAACCGGACCCCACUGUCCUUGCUACGAACCACCACCUCCUCCACCGUAUACAAGACGAACAUUCUCUGGCACACGCCCGCCCACAUGCAGCCUCCCUUGCAGCACCGCCAGCACGAGCCGUCCACGGAGGACGGUCAUCUGCUUGCCUACGCGCCUGCGACUUCUGCGGGCGCACGACCACCGCUACGGACGUCGGCGUCAGACCCCGAGUCGGGGCUCACGAUACCCUUUGAGCAGCUCUCGCUGCACGACCAGGACCAGCUGCGCCGGCGCCAGCACCAGGACAAGCAGAUUGUACAACAGACGAUGCACGCGCCCAGCAACCCGUCCGUGGGGCCGGAGAGGGAGACGCAGUACGUGGACGAAGGCAUGAUGCGACUGGGGGACGCGAAGGGGAAGGCCCCGGAUCAUGGCUAUGCUCCAGCUGCCCCGUCCCGUCCACGACUUGCAUCGAGGACUACGACGCCCGCCGGCCCCAAACCUCAGCGACCAGACCUCCCCCACCGCAACUCGUCCUUCAAGCGUCACGCCUCCUUCGACUCUCCCCGCGAGGUGCCCCUCCCAUACAUGCCCAACUCCCACAUGCACCACCUCUCCUACUCCCAGACCCAGCAGCACGACGUUCCACCCUACCCUCACGUAAUGGCCGAUGGCGUCGAGGUCGCCGCCCAGGCAUCUCCGCCACUGUUCAUCGCCUACGACUAUGACCGCCCGUCGCCUGCCGCGGCAGCCGGCCCCCUACUAUCCGCGCCCGAUCACCAUGCGUCGACCUCUGCGUCUUCGUCGUCUAGCGACAGCGGCCCAAGUACGUCAUCCUUGUCAUCAUCGCAAUCCCCAAUGUCCGUUGUCGACAUAUCCAUGGACACCGGUGGCGGCCCGUCCACUGCGAGCAGUACCAACCCAUACUUCUCCAGUGCCGUGCUCGGGUCCGCGCCACCGUCGUCGUUCCUGCAAACGCAACGGCCACAUGCCGUGGGGGGUGGAAAGUCGGCGCAGGUGAGCCCCGUCCCGCCGUUUUCCCGCCCGUUCUCGACACCCGACGCCUCGGCUGCGAUGCCGCCGCCCCCGUCGCAGAUACAUUCCCCGCGGCCUCUUCACGCCGCUGGCAUGCCCGACCGUAGCUCGACGGUGAGCCUCCCGCUGCCCGCGCAUACCCCGUACCAUACCCUGCCGAGCGCAGAGGCCAGCGUCGCGGAGGCCGCCACAUCAUCGUCCAACGCAUCAAGAUCGUCGCUUCCGAGUCAGGACCACUCCUCCUCAUCGUCCAGAUCGGCCGUGUCUCUCCCGACACCCUCCUCGUCCUACUCUCCGCCCACCUCUAUGACAGAUGCCCCGCGCCUCUCCACGCGCCCGCGCCAUUCUGACCCUUACGACUCCGCCGUCGAAUCGCCUAUGAGUCGGCUACUCGAGCGUGCCUACGCCGCCUCGUCGGCGUCGUCGUCUGGGUCCGGCUCCGGCUUCUUGGAGCGUGGCCGCAUGGACCCGCCUGCGCCGCGGAUCAGCCCUGGGAAUCUGCCACCGCCUGCGCCGCCACAGGUGCUGACGCCGCCGCCGCCGCCAUUGAGUGAGGAGGGCAGGGGUCAUCGCCCGCACGAGCCGUUCUUGUCGCAUGAGCUGCCAGCGAAUGAUGCGUGGAUUGCUGUGGAGACGUUGCAGAGGGAGUAUAGGCUGUUGGUAAGCUUGCCGGGAUUCAGACGCGAUGCGAUGUGAGUGUCUGUGGUGGAUUGGGUCAUGCGGGUGAACUGAUUCUAUGGUGUCCUUCUUUCCUUCGUUGCGCUGUCUAGCACCUUGUCAACGCGGAAACGAAGGAUAUUGCACGUCGUGGCGGAUUCAUGGGAGCCCAACGGCGGUGCGUACGCUUUCUUACCCGGGAGACCCCGUCCUCAUCUCGUCUUGCUCGCUAUGGUCUCGUACAGGUCACUUCGAGCGCCGCAUAUCGUUCGGGUACGACGCCGACCUCGGGCAGGUCCGCGCUGAG